UUUGAAUACCAACAAAUUUCUUCAACUCCCCCUAAUUGUAAAGGCCAUCUGGAAUGCAUGUAUUUAUCUUUUCUUACGGCUUUAAAUAUCUCAUAGCAAUGAAUUAAGAUCAUCUUCAAGCUUUUGUCUUUCUGGAAUAUAUAAUGAAAUGGAAAGCGGAUUAGAUACGAGAUUAUUAAUAUGAUGUUAUUAUUGAUGCAGGAUUUCUCAUUAAUUCAGACCAAUAAAAAAUGAGGAGGAAUCCCCUGAAAAAUUCUAAAAGUUCUGUGAAUGAGGCAGGGACUUCUAGUCGAUAUGAUGAUUCAGCCAUUUCUUCCAUUGCGAGAAGCAUUUCUAUGAGAUCAGGGGUGAGCAAGAAAAAAAUGAUAGCUGAAGACAUUCUUCGGUUUGGAGAGAUGAGAGUUGCAGCAGAACUAUUCACAUUUCACGAACUGGCCAAAGCAACAGACAACUUCAACCCGGAGUUGCUGGUGGGAGAAGGAGGGUUUGGGAGGGUAUACAAAGGACAUAUAAGAAGAACUAAUCAAAUUGUCGCAGUAAAGCAGCUGGACAGGAACGGAAUUCAUGGAAAUAGGGAAUUCCUAGCUGAGCUCUUGACUUUAAGUCUUGUUCACCACCCAAAUCUUGUGAACCUAAUUGGGUAUUGUGCUGAUGGGAAUCAAAGACUUUUAGUGUACGAGUUUAUGCACAACGGCUCUUUGCAAGAUCAUCUUUUCGAUUUGUCUCCAAAUAAGAACCCUCUCGAUUGGUAUACGAGGAUGCAAAUAGCCAAAGGUGCGGCCCAAGGGCUAGAAUACCUUCAUGACACAGUUAAUCCUCCAAUUAUCUAUUGCGACUUCAAAACAUCAAAUGUGUUAUUGGACAAGUCUUUCAAUUCAAAGCUAUCAGGUUUUGGUCUCGCGAAACUAAGUCCAAACGAAGAACAAGAUCACGUGUUCACAAGGAUAAUGGGGACCUAUGGGUAUUGUGCGCCAGAGUACGCUAAUGUUGGGGGACGACUUACAACCAAAUCUGAUGUUUACAGCUUUGGGGUUGUCUUACUAGAGAUUAUUUCGGGAAGGAGAGUUAUUGAUAAUACUAGACAAAAUGAGGAACAGAACCUUGUUUCUUGGGCAAAACCACUUUUGAAUGACAGAGAGAAAUUCAAAAUGUUGGCAGACCCUAUGCUUGUAGGGAAUUACCCAACAAAAGGCAUGUACCAAGCUCUUGCAAUUGCAUCGAUGUGUCUUCAAGAUGAAGCUAAUACACGACCUUUGAUUGCGGACGUUGUCAGUGCGCUUGAGUACUUAGCAACGCCUGACGAGGAAUGGAAUAGAACGACAGAAGUAGAUGAAGCAGAUUGCAUACUCAUUCAGAAAGGCAAAAACACUUACACAACUAUGUAAUACGAAAAGGGAUUGUUGGUAACUUUUGUGUGAAAGAUUAACUAACAAACUAACUGAUGAACUUCAAGACAGUCCUAACACAAAAUCCUAUGAUGUGAAAAUUCAAGUAGAAAGCACAUGGAGUGACUAUAAUGAUAAUAUAUGAGUGUGAAUUUACAUUUUUCUUGCCUAGAGGUACUUCUUCAGUUUGUUAUACUAAAUAUAAGAAUAUAUACAACUGGUCAUUGCAUUGCAAAAGCC